CCACCACCAUCUCCAUCACCCACCAACAACACCACAAUAAUCCACAGCCAAGGGUUGUUCUGAGGACCAGAUGAGGGAGCAUGUGGCAAAGUUAUGGUGAUGUACAAACAAAUGCUGUUAUUGUGGUGGCAUCUAGUAUACACUGGGAAAUGUCCUGAGUUAGACCAUCAUGCAGACAUCAGAGACUGGGUCGGACACAGGUUCGACAGUGACUUUACAGACAUCUGUGGCUAGUCAAGCAGCAGUGCCUACACAGGUGGUACAGCAAGUACCAGUACAACAACAGGUACAGCAGGUACAGACUGUGCAGCAGGUGCAGCAUGUCUAUCCAGCUCAGGUGCAGUAUGUGGAGGGAAGUGAUACUGUCUAUACCAAUGGAGCAAUCCGAACAACAACUUAUCCUUACACAGAAACGCAGAUGUACAGCCAAAACACUGGAGGGAAUUACUUUGAUACUCAAGGGAGUUCUGCACAGGUGACUACCGUGGUCUCGUCCCACAGUAUGGUGGGCACUGGUGGGAUUCAGAUGGGCGUCACAGGAGGACAACUCAUCAGCAGCUCUGGAGGAACCUAUCUGAUCGGCAAUUCAAUGGAGAAUUCUGGUCACUCAGUGACACAUACCACUCGGGCCUCCCCAGCGACAAUUGAAAUGGCGAUUGAGACGCUGCAAAAGUCUGACGGUCUGUCCACUCACAGAAGCUCUCUUCUCAACAGCCAUCUCCAGUGGCUGUUGGAUAACUAUGAGACAGCAGAAGGAGUGAGCCUUCCCAGAAGCACUCUGUACAACCACUACCUACGACACUGUCAGGAACACAAACUGGACCCAGUCAAUGCUGCUUCUUUUGGAAAACUAAUAAGGUCAAUUUUUAUGGGGCUGCGAACGAGGAGAUUGGGAACUAGAGGAAACUCCAAGUACCAUUACUAUGGGAUUCGUGUCAAGCCAGAUUCCCCUCUUAACCGUCUGCAAGAAGACAUGCAGUAUAUGGCUAUGAGACAACAACCCAUGCAACAGAAACAAAGGUACAAGCCUAUGCAGAAAGUGGAUGGGGUUGCAGAUGGUUUCACAGCAAGUGGUCAACAGACAGGCACAUCUGUUGAGCAAACUGUAAUUGCCCAAAGUCAACAUCAUCAACAGUUUUUAGAUGCAUCUCGAGCACUUCCAGAGUUUGGAGAAGUUGAAAUCUCUUCUCUGCCAGAUGGUACUACCUUUGAGGAUAUCAAGUCACUGCAGAGUCUUUAUCGAGAGCACUGUGAGGCAAUAUUGGAUGUUGUUGUGAAUCUUCAGUUUAGCCUGAUAGAAAAAUUGUGGCAAACAUUCUGGCGCUAUUCUCCCUCUACUCCAAAUGAUGGCACUACCAUUACUGAAUCAAGCAAUCUGAGUGAAAUAGAAAGUCGACUUCCGAAAGCAAAGCUGAUAACUCUGUGCAAACAUGAGUCUAUCCUGAAAUGGAUGUGUAACUGUGACCAUGGGAUGUACCAGGCUUUGGUGGAGAUUCUCAUCCCCGACGUCCUUAGACCUAUUCCUAGUGCCUUGACCCAAGCCAUUCGAAAUUUUGCAAAAAGCCUUGAAGGUUGGCUUUCCAAUGCCAUGAACAAUAUUCCACAGAGAAUGAUACAAACCAAGGUUGCCGCUGUAAGUGCCUUUGCCCAGACUCUGCGAAGAUACACGUCGCUCAAUCACCUGGCCCAGGCAGCUCGUGCAGUGCUUCAGAACACCUCUCAGAUCAACCAGAUGCUCAAUGACCUCAACCGUGUCGACUUUGCCAACGUCCAGGAGCAGGCUUCCUGGGUGUGCCAGUGUGAUGACAACAUGGUUCAAAGACUAGAAACAGACUUCAAGAUGACUCUUCAGCAGCAGAGCACCCUGGAGCAGUGGGCUGCGUGGCUUGACAAUGUGAUGAUGCAAGCACUGAAACCCUAUGAAGGAAGACCCAGUUUUCCUAAAGCUGCCAGGCAAUUUCUGCUAAAAUGGUCUUUCUACAGCUCAAUGGUUAUUCGGGACUUAACCUUACGCAGUGCUGCUAGCUUUGGCUCCUUCCACCUGAUCCGUCUACUCUACGAUGAGUACAUGUUCUACCUAGUAGAACAUCGUGUUGCUCAGGCAACAGGAGAGACACCCAUAGCAGUCAUGGGCGAGACAUACCUUGUAGAUGAAAAAAAUACUCCUAUCAUGGAACUCUUUAUAAGCAAACUUCCGAAUUUUGGUGAUUUAAAUGCUGUGUCUCCUGGAAAUCUGGAUAAAGAUGAAGGCAGUGAAGUGGAAAGUGAAAUGGAUGAAGAACUAGAUGACUCUUCAGAACCUCAAGCCAAAAGAGAGAAAACCGAGCUGAACCAGGCGUUUCCAGUGGGCUGUAUGCAGCCUGUUCUCGAGAGCAGCGUGCAGCCAAGCCUCCUGAAUCCAAUCCACAGUGAGCACAUCGUCACGAGUACUCAGACUAUCAGGCAGUGCAGCACCACAGGAAACACCUACACUGCAGUCUAAAGAAUAUUAAAGCAUAUUUUUCCAGCUAACAUUAACCCUGUUGAUAUUGGGCUUAAGUUGAAAAUUUAAUAAGCCUGAAGGUCGACUGUUGUCAAAUUCUAUCUGUGCUGAACAUUACCUUUUUGGAGUUGUGAAAUGGAAUGGGUGUAUGUAUUUUCCCAGGUCUUUUUUUUUUUUUUUUAACGUAAACAAAUUAUUUGCCUCUUAAUAAUAAGAGUUGUUUUUUUUUUCCUUAGUUUUCAGGUGUCAAGAAGGAUUUUUACAACACUUAAUGUCAAUGUUUUUGUUUUCUUAUAAUUAAAAAGUAAUUUACUUUUUUUGUAGCUUAAAAUAUUUUAUUGUUGAUUGUUAGUCUUGGUGUAUGAUUUCAUGUGUAAGUUUUUAAUUAGAUGCACUUCUGUGAAAUAUCAAAAGAAAUGAAUUUCUUUGAUUUACACUGGAGGCAUGCCCAUUUGGCAGCAGAUGCAUCCAAUUUGCUUUUGAAAGGUGCUUUUCAUUGGGCAGAACCACAAGACACUAUUUUGAUACCAUUUUGGAGUAUGGAGAGAGAAUACAGAGCAUUUUUAUUAUAGCGCUAGAGGGUUGGGAAGGUCAUCUAUUUUUCUCUGAAAAAAAUUUAGCUGUGCAUCUAUCGGUUCAGAGUAAAUGACAGAAUUGCAAGAGAUUAUGCUAAUAUGUACAUAAUUUGUGUACAUAAUUAUUAAAUCAUGUUAAUGCAAGCUUCCGUUAAACAUUGAAUUUUAAUUGUUAUUUGCAUACCAAUUCCUCUGUUUAAAGACUACUGAUUCUGUAUUUGGGACCACUGCACAGAUGCAUUCUGCUGUUGAGUGGGGCUGUUAUAGUUAGAUACUGAAGCUGAAAAAAUGACUUGACUUUUUUUUUUUUUAAGUGUACAUGCUACUUAUGCUGAGCUGGACAUACAGGAAACCAUUCCAUUUGGAUGACUUUCUUUUAUUCCAGGUCUUUUUCCUAAUAGUAGUUCAAUAUGCUGCUAUUAUAAAAGAAAAUUUAUAGAAUGCAAGGAAUGUAGCAACCUGCAUAUCGUUAUUUCCUUCAAAAAUAUUUCCUGGUUUCUAAAGUAUGUGGAUUUAAAUUUUAAACAGAACCUGAAGGCAGUGUAACUGGCACACCACACUGUUGCUUAUCCCCGAUUCUGUAGGAUUUGGAUAGGUGGCUGGAUGGACCCGUGCCAUUGAAGAAUGUACAUCAGGGAUCAUCGUACCUCGGCUAUUACAUGGUGCCUUAAAACAGAACUGAAGCUAAGGUUUAGUAAGGCUUAUUUUGUUCAUGUGAAUUCCUCUUCAAUCCAUGUGACAAACUGUGCCUGUCAUUUUCAGAUUCCCGAAGUAAGGACAGGUUACAUGUUCUUCGAAGGAAAUUUAGGGCAAACAAAGCGAAACGAAAAGACAAAAAUCAAUUCCCCUCUUUGAGUGACCGCAAACCUAUUUUUUGUGCUUCGAGCUGAAUAUUACUUGAUUACAAAUCAGAUUGCUUAAGGGUGUGGAAUAGCAGGCUAGUUUUAAUUACCAACUUGUUACAUAAAAUCAUGUAUGUUUUAGACCAUUCUUAUCUAGUUAUAAUUUAAGAAAGUUAACAAAAUAAGCAGGUACUUAUUGAAGUGCAUCUUUUCAGUCUAAAUGUUUGUCUGUGUGUCUCGGUGUCUGUGUGUCCACAUGCACACACGAGUGCCCGUGGGCAGGAAUCAGCUACAAAGUCAGACGGUGAGAUCCCAGAGAGGAUACACCUAUCCCCGUUUUAAUUUACAUGAAAAGCCAAGGUUCUUUUAAGCACUCAAAUUAUUAACAAAAAACCAGGCACAUCCAUUCAUUUAAAUAGUUGUAAAAAAAGCUAAUCAGCAAAAAUAAAUACAUAAAGCCAAAAAAAAAGGGAAAGCACAAAAUGAUUUACAGAUUAUUAAUGAGGCCUAUAUUAAACUCAAGAUGUUUAUCUUUCCAGUUUUAUUGGGGUGGGGGGUGGGGGUAGAAAGAAGAGAGCGAGCCAAUCUGUAAAGUUAAAAAUACCAAAUGGCUUAUCGGGUAACGUGCAGGAUAUUUCAACUGCUGUUGCUCGAUUGCCUUAGACUACUCAAAUAACUAAGAUCAACAGAGUUUCUUAAACUUUGAAUGUUUUAGAUGUAAUUUUUAAAAUUGAUUCAAAUUUUGUAUUAUACAGUCCACUCAUAUAUUUGAAAGUCGUCACUAGCAUCCUAGCAUAACCUUCAUCUCAAUAUCAUUUAAAUGAUAUUUUCUCCCAAAAGGCAAUGAAUUUGCACCAUCACACACAAAAAAAGGCAAACAAAACACCUUAAGCUGCAAAGACCAUGUGUCUAGUUCGUUGUGCAUUAGGACACAUUUACAGGUAAAAUUAAAAUCAAAAAGUGAGAAGAACACUCUUCAUUUUGACUCUCCAUUCUGAAUUUUUUUCACUUGCCUAUCCCCCUAUCCACCACCCCUAGAACGAUACUAUAUCUGUAUUGGACCAAAUGUAUUUGCUGGUUUCAUCUUGUUUAUUGAACGAUUGUAAAUGUAUUUAUUAUCACUGUUUAAUGUUGGAUAUAUUUGUAUCAUUAGAGGAAUCUGAAUAAUGGGCAAAUUUAGACUGAUGAAAGUUAGGGAUUGGGGGACCCUACAGGGUUCAACAUUUCUUCCAGUUGUUCAUGGUUUGUUCUAAAUUAGGACAGAUUAGGAGUUAAAUAUUGUUACAUUUCAACUGGCUCCCUCAAAAUAUUCUGAUCUCCUUUAUGAAGAUGGUUAGGAACGUUAGUUCUUUGUGACUAGGGUGGAUAGUUCUGACCAGUAGACAAAAUAACCUCUAUAGUCUAUGCUACUUGCAGUUAUUUGUACUCUACAGUAAGACACACAUAUACAAUCACACAUAAAUAUCUUAACCAAUUUUGAAUUUGAAUUGUGAACUAUAUUAGAAAAUAAAAACAUCGUAAUUUAUACAUCUGAGCAAAUUGGAGCAAUCACAUUUAUUGCAUUUAUUGAACAUUUCCAUUUUUUUGUUCAUUGUUCAUUGAAGCUGUGACUUUUCUAGAUGAUAUUAGACACCAAUACUCUCAGAGUAAGUUCAUUGACAAGUGACAAGCACACAUUUUAAGGACUUCUUAAUAUUUCUUGGCAUUAUAAUCAAACAGGAGUCAUGAAAAAUAUCUACGUAGACCAAAUGCUACACUUUCAGUGAGGAAAAAUGUAAGGAAGGUAUGUUGGCUAUUUUUAAGUUUCAGAAAGAUACUUCCAUAUAGUAAGAUUGAGUGUUGUGGGUAGAGUUUGAUCUUCACUUAUACUUUGAGAAUCAUACCCAAAAGAUUUGCCUUCAUGAAGCCAGUGAACAAUAGAGUGAAAUGGGUGAACCAUCUCUUUGGAAUGCAGGGCCCAAUUUUAAAAUUUUUCUUUGGAUAUCAAGUGGCUGCUCACUUUUUUCAGGAUUCUCAUCCAAACUGUGUUUGGACUGACUGUAUAAGUCUUACUGCCUUUUCAGAAAUCUGCUUUCCUUUUUGUGCUUUUUCUUGUACUGUAUAGCACGGUUCAUGCACCUCUCUUUAGAUGGUGUACUUUAAAAACAAAAGUAAAUUUUGGAAAAUGGUUUUAACACUGCAUACCUAAAAUUAGUCGUUUGCAACAUUGACUGCCUUUGAUUUGUAGUAGACGAGUAAAAAUGAACACGUUCUUGUAGAAUGCUGUCACAGUCGUUCAGGAAUGAAUACGGUUUCAUUACUGUAAUCAUGAACCUUUUUACAUGAAUGCACUCUCUAGAAGUGCUAAACGUGAUGCAUUUUGAAAUUUUAAAAAGUUCUUCAGAUGAUAUAUUUGAAAUGUCUAAAAUAAUGCUGUGCUUGAAACAUUAGUGUAAAAGGAAAAAUUGUGUGUCACUGUGAUGCUGGUCCUCUCUGUGUGGACAUGAGUAGGAAGUAAAAACCUUUGCCAAGUCACCUUUGGGUACAACUUGAGGCAGUGGUUAUAUACAACAGAUUGUUAUCUGUUAUCACCUCCCCUCCCCCAAUUCCUUGGUGAGAAACUAACAACCAUCAAAUAAUUGAAAUCAGAACUUGUGAUUUGUAUGAAUCACAUCAGAACAUGGGGGAGAGGGGUUGACAUGCAGUGCUAUUGAAAAUCGGGCUUGUCACCAGAUCAGAUCAACCUCCAUAUGUAUGGUUAGAACAUAUCAAUUAAUGGAAUCCUAGUAUUUCUGCAAGUUUGGUGAUUUUUUUAAAAACUGGAAUAGAAGCAUUAAUUCAGUGCUUAGUUCUAGUAUUAGAAAACCACUUUGAUGUAAUGCCUUGUAUUAACCCUUUGAGCAUUGUAAGAUAUACAGUGGGGGACAAAAGCCUUUCAGAUCAUUUAUCUAGACUUAGACUGGUAAAAUAUACUCUAUAUCCAAAUGUCUAAUUAUGCUGUUUUUUUAAAGGGGGGGUAAGAAGAGAAAGUGUUUCCACGCUGGACACUUGCAUUUUAUAUACAACUCUUAAUUUUCUUCAAGAGGGCUUGAUAUAUUUAUUCCCAAAUAUUCACUGCCAUCUAAGUAAGUGUACUGUUUACAGAAAAAAAAAUCAACUUUUCUAGCAUCACAUCCUGACUCUAGAAAAGGAAGACAAACACAUGGGCCUGUAGACCUAUGUCAUACCUGAUCUCUGCACAUUGAAAGUACCUAGAUUGCCUUUAAAAGGUAUGAUAAAGAAAGGGUUACAUUUCUUUCUCUUUUUUUUCCCCAAAACAAAGCAAAAGAUCUCGUUUAUUUAGCUUUAGAAAGUACAGUUGUAAGUGAAGCCUUAGGAAGAAACGAAUUCCAGUGGAUAAAGAAAAGCUGAACUCUUUGAGGGCAGGUAAGCUAUCUGGAGUAUGUCUCAUCAAAUAUUGUUUGGGAAUUUCAUACAGGGCAUAAUUUUAUCUACGCUCCAAAACUUUAAUACUUUGUCAAAAAAAUUCUAUAUAGAUAGAAUGGAGAGCAAAGCACUUGAUUUUAAGCUCAUCUGUCAGGAGAUGCUGUGACUACUGCUUCUGAUACCUGUAAAUGCCAGGCUGCUGACACAGUUGCUGACUCUGCUCAAGGGACGCUCUGCGAGCACUUGACCCCUCCGUCCCCUGUGUGAUGGAACCCGAGAGCAGUGUCAUCUGCAGACGCGCUUGUGCUGCCCUGGCCCUGCGCAUGUGAGAGUGUAACCUAUCCCGACGUCUGGUGAAAGGACACCCAUAGCAUAGUGCAAGUUUGCCGUCAACGUUGCUUUUUAGGCAGUUUCGGAAGUCAUACCAUGCAAAUUACUCAUGUGUUAACAUGCAAUACUCAAAGGGUUUUAAGUUAACUCUCUUCUUUUGAAUUCUUCAUGAUGAUUUACUGUAAAUGCUUCUCAGUUUGCAUGCCUUGAUCAUUGCUGCUAGUGAUUUUAUGUGCCAGUAGACCUGAGUUUAGUUUACCAAUUUUACUUAAAUAGUAAAAGCCACUUACAAGGUGACUGCCUAGGAUUUUUUUUUCUUUUGUUUGAAGUAAUUGGUAAUAUGUCUUAUUUUCAGAAAUGUGUUUUGUCUCUUCUUCCAUUUGGUUCUGGUAUUUGAUUCUUUUUUUCCCCUCUUUCCUUUGUCUUUUAAAUAAAUUAUGAUGUUGGGAUUGGAAGCCCUGAGUAAUGAAAUCUUUGGUAAGAAUUGUUUAUGUAGCUCAAUAAUGAGGACAACAAAUCUUUGUUAGAAGAAUUAUGAUUCUGGGGAGAAUAGAAAAAAAGAAAAACUCCCAUUGACUGUUGAUAACCAAGUAAAUUUUUCCUUCAAUGAAUUAAUAGGUUUAAACAAAUGAUUGCCUUGUUUUAACCUGCUAAACACAAUUUUAAAUGAACCCAAUAAAAGAGGUAUUGAAUUUUCUUCAUUUAAAAAGCAUCUUUUGUACCAAAGCAAAUUUUUUUCUCUACUCAUCUCCAUCAUCAAUUGGGACCUAUGGUGGUGACCAGUGCGUUGGUUACAGAAACUUUAAGCGAGUGCCUUGAGAACACUUGGAAAUUUGUGCCUGGGGUGGUAAACUUUCAAUUAGGUUAAUUGUAGUGCUUACCAAUCAGUAAUUCCACUAUCACUCAGGGCUUUCGUACCUUCUAGGUAAAACUUCUUUCAUUGUGUUUUUUUAAAAUACUGUAUUUUUUUUUAAGUGCCAUCAUUUAAAUUUCACUUAGUAAGUGGCAGAUUACAUUAUUCAGUCCCACAAGCACAGAAACAUAGUAACACUAGGAGAUAUUUGAACAUUUAUUUUACAAUCGACUGAAUAUAUUAUGUAAAUGAGGUAAGCAACUUUUGUAGAGAUUGUAUGUGUGAGAUAAUGUAAUGUUCUUUUCCAGUUUUUGGACUACAGUUGAAUAAACUUUUUAAUUAUUUAAAAACAUCUUUACCGAAUAACAUGUGAUGGUUUUUUGUACGAUGUAUUUGAUUUUGUAAAUACGUAUUUCCUGAUGUGAUUUUUGUGAGAAAUGCUAAAUCUUUUAGUAUAUCAUGUCCUCUCAAAAUUGGCAGGAGCUAAAUAAUAGUUUGUGGGCGAUUUGUAUUGUGUACUGUACAAUAACUGGGGAACUUUUAUAAUUAUAAAAAUAUAUAUUAACUUUUAGUGUGUUGUUUAAACAAAUGACUGGAACAUACUAAAGAUAUUAGUAGGAUUUUUCUGAAUAUUUCAGACUUGAACUCAGGCUAGCUUUCUUGUGUUUUUCAAAACAAAAUGGUGUCUUGUCUUUUAAAAUCAAUAAAUUUGUUUCCUUGU